CUUUUGAACGAAUCGUUCACUCACGAGCCAACACGACUCGGUGCGAGGGAAUCCACGAGGAGAAAGCAAAGCAAGCACAACACUAUGCAAACUUCAAAAAGUUUGACAAGCUCGACGGAGGUCUCGAGACAGCGGGGCGUUAAGACUACUUUUGACGCCAUCUGAUCUUUUUGUGAACUCCCGACAAUCAAGUGAGAGCCGAGGCUCGCCUUGCUUCUCUUUUGUUUAUUUUCUCCGAGAAGAGAAAAGAAAAGAAGAAAGGUGCUUCAUCACUCCGUGGCAUCGAGAGCCGACCGAGGACGCUUGACUUUUUUUUUUUUUUUCCAUCCUGCGGUCAUAAGGGGACAUCGUCGGGAUCCAGGUGCAUGAUGGGAUCUUUUCGGCGCUCCAGGCCCCGCUUUAUGAGUUCUCCAGUUCUGUCCGACCUGACCCGCUUCCAUGCUGCACCCAAUACACUGCAAGCAUGCAACAGCACCAUCUGGAACAGCGUCCAAUCGGCAGUGAUGAAAGUCUUCAGGGGCGGAGCUCUGCAGCCCAAUGAGCUCUACACACUGAACGAGAGCAUCAGGUGGCUGCUGAAGAGCGAGAUGGGCUCCUUCGUCACAGACUACUUGCAGAAUCGUCUGUUGACGGGCGGCUUAACAGAGCUUCUGGAGCGCAUCUUCAUCUCUGGUGGAGAGCAGCUGGCGGCGCUGGCCGAGGCAUGGCGGUGCUUUUUCACGGAGACGCUGCCCACGCUGCAGGCCAUCUUCUACCCUCUACAGGGUCAGGAGCUGUCUGUACGACAGAUGACACUGUUGGCCUUCCGAGACUUGGUACUGCUUAAGCUCCCUCUGGAGGACAGUCUGCAAAGCGCGGGCAGUGUGCCGCCCGCCGUCACGCACAUGCUGCUGGUGCUGCAGGGGGUGCGAGAGUGCGGCGCAGCGUCCAGCUCGCGUUACCGUCAUCUCGAGCGUCUGACGGCCACGGUAGUGUCACCGUACCUCAGCGAUGUCGUCCCUGCCGCCGCCGACCUUCACCCUUCAGAGUGCUGGGGGGACGGCGCUCUGCCGUGGUUUAUCGGUGACGGCUCCCAGCCUGACAUCUGCUCUUCUUUGGCACCCCUGGUGGAGCACGAGGGCGAGGCCUACCUGGAGAAAGUGGGCGGCAUGCGGCGCCACACGGUGGCCAAUGCGCAUUCUGACGCGCGCCUGCUCAGCGGCAGGAUGAGUUGCGCCAACGAGGUGCCCGGCGGCUCGCCGACUCGGCCCGCUGACGGCGACGCCGGACACUUUGGUAGUCAACCUAACGUCAAGGACUCCUAGCGAUAGCGGCUAGCGCUGCAAGUACAGUCAGAGGUUCAAGCACAGGAAACUGAUGGCGCUCUUGGAGUAAAACGGCACGCUUGCUUCCUGCAAACGGGCUAGCUGGGGAACGCGGCGUAGCUAACAGAAAGGAUGAGAGGUGAGGAUGAAAAGAGAUGAGGGCGUGAGAAGAAACACGACACAUGACAACGAAGUGAGGAUAAAAGAUGCAAGCGAUGGUGGGUGGAGCCUGAGCAAAGAUGACCUGACGAAGAAACAUGAGAACAUGAAGGAAGCAGAAAUUACAAAGAUGACCUUUUACCUCUGACCGCAGAGUGAGCUGCAGUGUAAUCGGAUUACUCUAGUACUAAUCCCAUUGCAAUAAUUGGAUGACACUUGGUAGGGCCUUUGUCGCCCCCGUGUGGCCAGUCAAGGACUAUGAUGCUAUCAGGAUGUGGUUGUGAUGCAAGUUUUUUAAAUAUCUUCAUAAAAAUGUUUUUUUUCAUAUUCCAGGUAGUUCUCAAAAAACAUGCUUUUGACAUAAGGGCAUUUAAAUGUACCUUUUAUACUUUUUAAGAAAUUGCACUUUUUGUAUUACGACCCCAAACUUCAAUGAGCAUUUUCUACGGUAUCAAAUGAAAGAAGCCUUUGAUUCUUAUCAACUGUCUGGAAUAAAUGAACCGUAGACAACACAGACACUAAACAAGUGUCACCCUUCAAAA